UCUGCUGUCUGUCAUGGUUGCCAUUUGUCUAUUGAUGGUUAAGGAAGAAGCAAGUUGUUGUUAACUACGUAAUUAUAAUGUAUUUGUGUGGCUGUAAUUAUAAAACAAAUAUAAUUUAAUACCUGUGUACAUGUUGUAAUAUAUGGAUCGUAAUAGAAGCCGAACUCCUCCGAGGAAGGGGGCUGGCAGUUCUUAUGACAAAUAUGGAACUCUGUCAAAGAACCACAAAAGUGAAAGAAAUGAAAGUGUCUUUGGUUCAUCCAUUCCGUCUGACAGUGAUAAUAAAUCUAGUAGGAAGAGCAGAAGUAGUAAGUCUCCACCAAGGAAGAGGUUAAGUAAGAAGUCAAAGAAGAAAAGUAGCCGUGAACAUUCACCAUAUAAAUCCAAAUAUAAGUACAGGAAAAGGUCAUCUAGAAGUAACAGUCCAUCCAGUUCUUCGGACUCUGACUCUGACUCAUCUGCUAAUUCAGUGAAAUUGCUGCAGAGACUGAAAGAAGAGAGAAUCCGUCACGCGGAGGAACGUCGACGGCAAAAGGAAUUGCUCAAGGCCACGGAAACGCCAGAAGAGAAACGGUUGCGAAGACUGCAGAAGAAGGAGGCUAAGGAACGCAAAAGAAAAGAACGAAUGGGCUGGGACAACGAUUACCUGCACUAUACCAACACGGACAAUCCCUUUGGGGAUGGUAACCUGCUGGCGACAUUUGUGUGGUCUAAGAAACUGGACAAGGAAGGACUGACAGGCGUCAGCAGAGAGGAGCUGGAAGUUCGAAAUCGGCAGAAGCAAGAAGAGAAUCGCAGGGAAUUGGAGAAGGUCAAGAAACGCAGACAGGAGCGUGAGCUGGAGCGGCAGCAGCGUGAGGAUGAGAUGUCGCUGAUGCAGCGCAGCAAGGAGGCGGCGCAGUUCCAGGAGUGGGAGCGGCAGGAGGACCAAUUCCACCUGGAGCAGGCCAGACUGCGCUCCCGUAUCCGCAUCCAGGACGGACGAGCGAAACCUAUUGACCUGCUUGCUAAGUACAUCAGUGCAGAGGAGGAAGUGGAUGCAGUGGAGAUGCAUGAGCCAUACACGUACCUCAACGGACUCACCAUCAAAGACUUGGAAGACCUGAUUGAGGACAUCAAGGUGUACAAAGAGCUGGAACGGGGCAAGAAUUUGGAUUACUGGAAUGACAUCACUGUCAUCGUGGAGGACGAGUUGCACAAGCUGCGUAAAUUGGAGAAACAGAGUGCGUAUGAAGCAGCUGUUGGCAGACGUGAAGGGAUCCAUCAGUCUGUGGCAAAGGAAGUUGCCUCGGUGUUCAAAGGGAAAACUGCUGCGCAGUUGGAGGCACUGCAGCUGCAGAUCGAGACGAAGAUCGGCGGGAAGCCGGAGGGUGUGGAUAUUGGUUACUGGGAGUCUCUUCUGUCGCAGCUGAAAGCUCACAUGGCAAGAGCAAGACUGCGGGACAGGCACCAGGACAACUUGCGACAAAAGCUGGAGAUGCUCAAGGCGCAGCAGGGGGUGGCUGUAACCGGCGCGGAGGAGGAGACGGGCGAAGGGGUGGAAACCACAGUUAAGACAGAACCAGACUCUCAGAGUGAAGCAGUCAGCGUUCAUGAAUCGUCAGAGAGCGAGGAGGAUGAAGGGGAUGAGGUCAUGCGAGGAAACGAGGUGGCAGACGCCAUGCUGUCCGAGAGCUUCGCCGACUAUGAGUCUGGAGGAUACAGCCCUGCGUACACGAGUCAGUCGCAUCUCGACCCUGGAACCUUUGUGAUUAACGAGGAAGAUGACCUCCAGAGACUGGAGUUUGCCAGGAUACAGGUGCAAGGCACGGGCAGUCGUGUUGAGAGCGUGAUAACCGCAGAGGAGCAAGCGCUGCAGCGAGAAGCUAGGAAGGGCAUGACGGCAGACGAGGCGGAAUUCUCCGUUGAAACAGCUCUGGAUAGUCAAGUGUACUUGUGGUCAGACAAGUACCGCCCUCGCAAGCCUCGAUACUUCAAUCGGGUACACACUGGGUUCGAAUGGAACAAGUAUAAUCAGACCCACUACGAUAUGGACAACCCUCCCCCGAAGAUUGUGCAAGGCUACAAAUUCAACAUAUUUUACCCGGAUCUUAUCGACAAGAACACCACCCCCGAGUAUUUCCUGACCCCUUGCACGGACAACAGGGAUUUUGCAAACCUUCGUUUCCACGCUGGUCCUCCGUAUGAAGACAUAGCAUUUAAGAUCGUGAAUCGAGAGUGGGAGUACUCCUACAAGCGAGGCUUUCGAUGUCAGUUCCACAACAACAUCUUUCAGCUGUGGUUCCACUUCAAGCGCUACCGCUACCGACGGUAGCCGUGUUGGAUCAAGAUUUGUUUAGUGUUGAAGAUCGACAUUUCGAGUAAAAUGGGGCAUAUACACCAGUCUGUUUUGCUUCGUCAUUCAUGAGUUCAAGCCCGGGUGAUUUCAAACUUGGAUUUGCGUUCUGUUCCGUAACGCAGGUUUCCUUGAAAAUUAUUAUUUCUUUAUAUAAGCUUUAAGGAAGAAGAAGAAGGAUGAAUAAGUACGUAGAAUGGUAAUCACAAGGUUACGACAGUCUUAGAAAAUAUUCUCUUGAUUGAAAAUUAUCUUGGAAUUUAAUGUUCAUGCAGCCGUGCCAUGGAACUGAAAAUGGAACUUCUAGUAGUUGUUGAAACAGCAACCAGAUGGCAGCACAUAAAUGACGGUGUUAUUACCAU